CUUCUUCCUUCCCUUCACGAACAUCUAAAAAUGCCAUCUCUUUCUUUCUCCCUGCACCAACAUAAUAGCUGUUCUUGGAUCCCGAGAUUCUGGCUAUUUUUUAAUUGUUAAUUUCUCUAAUUUGAUACUAGAGUUUUAGCAGUACUUCUAUUUAGAAAUAGAACCCAUUUAAUAAUAACGUAGGCCUUAAUCAAGGAUAUGAUUUGGUUAUUUUUGUUGUUCGUCUCCCAAUACUACAACUCUGUUUUCUUGUUCCUCCCAAGGUUCAACAAACAUUAACCCCUAAUCUUCCUUUGCCCGAAAAACCUUGGACUUUGUAAUGCCUGUUUUUGUUGUUAACCCCAAAAAAUGGAAACUUUUCUCCUCCUCCUUAAUUGUUGUGCCUCUUGUUGUUAUAACAGCCCUUUUUGUUUCCCCUGUUUUGGGUGUAAAUCCGCAAGGGGAAGCUCUGCUUUCAUGGAAGAAAAGCUUAAAUGGUUCACUUGAAUCUUUAAGCAAUUGGGAUCCAACCGAUGAAACUCCAUGUGGGUGGCAUGGGAUCACUUGUAAUUUAAACAGGGAAGUUACGGAGAUGAAUUUGACGUACAUGGAUUUACUUGGAAGUGUUCCUAGUAAUUUCACAUCCUUAUUGUCCUUGAACAAGAUUGUCUUAUCUGGUACGAAUCUAACCGGAUCGAUUCCGGCGGGAAUUGGUAUACUUCGGGGAUUAACGUUUUUGGAUUUGAGUGAUAACGCAAUGACUGGAGAAAUCCCGUCUGAGAUUUGCAAUCUUCCAAAGCUUGAGCAACUUCAUCUGAAUUCUAACCGGCUUGAAGGUUCUCUCCCUUACCAAAUUGGAAAUCUGGCAAGCUUGAGUGUGCUGAUAUUGUUUGAUAAUCAGCUCAGCGGCGCAAUUCCGGCGAGCAUAGGAAACUUGAAGAAUCUUGAAGUGUUGAGAGCUGGGGGUAACAAGAAUCUUCAAGGUUCGAUUCCGCAGGAGAUUGGGAAUUGUACCAAUUUGAUCACAUUAGGCUUAGCAGAAACCUCCAUUUCUGGAUUCCUUCCUUCUUCCCUUGGUUUGUUGAAAAACCUUCAAACACUUGCCAUUUAUACAAGCCUUUUAUCCGGUCAGAUCCCGUCGGAGCUUGGGAAUUGUACCUCACUGCAAAACAUCUACCUCUAUGAAAACUCCCUCGCCGGAUCAAUUCCGGCCAGUUUAGGAAACCUCCAAAAUCUCCAGAACCUUUUGUUGUGGCAAAACAAUUUAGUUGGUACAAUUCCUCCGGAACUCGGGAACUGCGGGCAGUUGAUUGUCAUUGACGCCUCAAUCAAUUCCAUAACUGGCAGCAUUCCCAACACAUUUGGGAAGUUGACAUUGUUGCAGGAAUUACAAAUGAGUGUCAAUCAGAUUUCGGGCCGGAUCCCAUCAGAACUCGGAAACUGUACCGCCAUGACUCACAUCGAGCUCGAUAACAAUCAAAUCACAGGUACCAUCCCUUCUGAAUUCGGUAACUUGUCGAAUCUGACGUUGUUGUUUCUAUGGGCUAAUAAUCUCACAGGAGAUAUUCCAUCUUCUCUGUCCUUUUGCCGCAACCUCGAGGCCGUCGACUUGUCGCAGAAUUCAUUGACGGGUAACAUCCCGAAAGGGAUCUUCGAAUUGCAGAAUCUCAACAAGUUGUUGUUGUUGUCCAACAAUCUGGCGGGUGUGAUCCCAUCGGAAAUCGGAAAAUGUUCAUCUUUGGUCCGUUUCCGGGCCGGUGAAAAUAAGAUCACAGGCUCAAUCCCCCCUGAUAUUGGGAACUUGAAGAAAUUGAAUUUUCUCGACUUGGGUUCAAAUAGGCUCACCGGUGUGAUCCCGCCGGAGAUUUCUGGAUGUCGGAAUCUUACAUUUCUCGAUUUACAUUCAAAUUCAAUCGGCGGGAACUUGCCGGAGAAUUUAACUCAGCUAGUUAAUCUCCAGUUUUUGGAUGCUUCGGAUAAUCUGAUGGAGGGAUCAUUGAGCCCGGGUUUAAGUUCAUUGAGCUCACUGACAAAACUCGUCCUCGGAAAGAAUAACUUUUCAGGGCCGAUUCCCAGUCAGUUGGGAUCUUGUUCAACACUUCAGUUAAUUGAUUUAAGCAGCAAUGGAUUUUCCGGCCAGAUUCCGUCAAGUUUAGGCACGAUUCCUGCACUGGAGAUUGCUCUCAAUUUGAGCUGGAAUAGACUUUCCGGCAAUAUUCCGGCAGAGUUCGCGUCAUUGGAUAAGCUUGGGGUGCUGGACAUUUCUCAUAAUCAGCUCACCGGCGAUCUUCAUUUUCUUGCCGACCUUCAAAACCUGGUGGUUCUCAAUAUCUCAAACAACAACUUCUCCGGCCAUGUCCCUGAUACAUCAUUCUUCUCAAAGCUGCCGCUCAGCGUUCUAUCGGGAAAUCCAGAUUUGUGCUUUGCCGGCAACAAAUGCUCCGCCGAUAAGGGCGGCGCCGCUGGACGGAGUAGAGUAGCGAGGGUGACUAUGGUGGUGCUAUUGUCCGCCGCAUGUGUUCUGCUCUUAGCUGCACUUUACAUCGUGGUCGUGAACAAAAAGAGGGGCCUUGGGGACAUUGAGUGUGACGUGGACAACGAUGACGCGGAGAUGGGCCCACCAUGGGAGGUGACCGUGUACCAAAAGCUUGAUUUGUCCAUUGGUGAAAUCACUAAAUGCUUGACCCCAAGCAAUGUGAUCGGCCGUGGGCAUUCCGGUGUGGUUUAUCGGGCCAUUCUCCCGUCGGGAUUAUCGCUGGCGGUGAAAAGAUACGGGUUGUCAUCAUCGGAGAAGUUCUUGGCAUCGGCAUUUUCGUCGGAGAUUGCAACGUUGGCUCGCAUUCGGCACAGGAACAUUGUGAGACUUUUGGGAUGGGCAUCAAACGGGAAGUCAAAACUCUUGUUUUACGACUAUUUGCCUAAUGGUACUUUAGGUACAUUGUUACACGGUGAAAACAUAAUUAGCGGACGAGGAAAAGGUUUCUUAAUCCAAUGGGAGACGCGAUUCAAGAUCGCAUUAGGUGUUGCCGAGGGAUUAGCUUACUUGCAUCACGAUUGUCAGCCGCCGAUCCUCCAUCGGGACGUGAAAGUGGACAAUAUUUUGUUAGGAGAUGGAUACGAGCCAUGCCUUGCCGACUUUGGUCUCGCCAGGCUUCUCGACGAGGAAAAUCGGUCUUCAGCAACUCAUCAGUUUGCUGGAUCAUAUGGCUACUUCGCUCCAGAGCAUGGUUGCAUGUUAAAAAUCACGGAGAAAAGCGACGUAUUCAGCUACGGAGUAGUGUUGCUAGAGAUCAUCACAGGCAAAAAGCCAGCUGAAGAUCCAGCAUUCUCAGAAAAUCAACAUCAUCUCAUUCAAUGGGUUCGUGAUCACUUAAAGUCCAAAAGGGAUCUCGUCGACAUCGUCGAUCCGAACCUCCAAGGCCAUCCCGACACACAACUUCAAGAAAUGUUACAAGCCCUCGGCAUUGCAUUGCUUUGUACCAGUAACCGGGCCGAAGAUCGGCCGACGAUGAAAGAUGUCGUGGCGUUGUUGAAGGGAAUCCGGCGGGACGUUAACGAUCUGUCCUCCGAUAACGACGUGCACAAGCCGAAGCCGUCAGCGACCACACCGGCUGCUGCCCCGUUGAUGCUGUUACAAGGGUCGUCGGCAAAUUGUUCUUUUGGGUAUUCUUCGUCGGCUAGUUUUCAUUCAAGGAAUCAAUGAGGAAUCGAAUUUUUUUAACCAAUAAUAAUUUAGUUAAUUAUUAUUAAUUGUAGGUCUUGCUAGGAUACACCAAAUUAAUGCUGGCUUGAUUAGUCACUUGUUUAGAAUUUAGUAGUAUUUGAUUCGUGAAGUGUACAUCUUCAAAUUAGAAUUUACUUUGGGGUAGCUUUUACGAAUAAAGAAAAACCAAUAAUGUAGGUUUAAUCAUCAAACUCAUGGAUUCCCCGGCUUCUAGAUGGAUAAAUUGUUGCCAAUGAACAUUUAGUUCUCCCCCU